UAUUUAAACUCACUUCCCUCCUCGUUAGAAAUAAAACAAUCUCCCUCAGUCUCUGUUUCUCACAAGAAAUCAAAAUGGACAAGAUCAUUUCCCUCUUUGUUCUUUCAACGCUACCACAACUUGUAGUACCUCAGGCUACCCAUGUGACCUCAUUCAGAGCUGUAAUGGAGAUGGUGUCGGGGGAUUCAAGGAUCUUCUCUGGAGAGAGUGUCCGGCUGAAAUGCAGCAUUCCUGAUGUCCACAGAUCCUCCUGGAAUUACCUGUGGUUCAGAGGAUCUGAGCAGCUCCUGCAGAUUGGGGAUCACCUCAUUCUGUGGAAAGCCAAGGUUCAAGAGAGUGGGACAUUUUACUGCCAGGGAGUGAGGGACACACUUGUGGGAAACAUACACACCCGCCAAAGUCUGCCUUUGGAGAUCAAUGUGGAUGGCGGGUAUGCUAUCCUGCAUGUCUCACCUCAUCCCGCCCUCGUUGGAGACACCUUAAAUGUCACGUGUCGCGUCCGAGGCCCACCGGAACUUCAUGAGAUGAUUCUGUACAAAGAUGGCGUUGAAGUUAUGAAGCAAAAUGGCCUCAACCCACAUUUCUAUCUGACCAAUUUGACCCUUGACGACCAAGGAACGUAUUCUUGUAGGGCUUCCUGGCACGCACACAGACGUACGCACUCUGUAAUUUCAGCUGACGCUCCAGUGCAUGUCUUAGAAGUUCUGUCGCAGCCAGUUUUGGAGAUUGUUGACGACAACUUGAUUCCAUUCAAUAGGAUGAAGCUCAUUUGCCACCUCCAAUACAACGCUCAUGCUCCUAUCCCGCCAAUACACUACUAUUUCUACAUGAAUAACAACCGACUGGGACAAGCAACCUCUGAGAACCAUGACCUGGUCAAACGGACUCCAGGCCAGUACAGCUGCAAGGCCAGGGUGCCCGAGUUGGGCAUCUCCAGAUACAGUGAACCUGAAAACUUUGGACAAGCGACAGGACCAGAGACGAUGACGCCUCCAGUUCUUCAUCCCAGAGACCCACGGCCCCUUGCUCCUCCCUCAAUCUCCUCCCCAGACCUCUCCCUGCCUCCAGCAGCGGAGCCAACAGCAGCCCGGCCCUCCCCUCACCGAUCCACUGCAACUCCUGCUUUUAUUCAGCCCACUGAAGUGAGCAUCCAAUCCUCAAAUCCUCUGCUGAAGCCUUCACUGCCAGCAACAAGCACUCUGCUAUCUACAGUCCAGUCCGUCAACCAAACUGCUACUGAUUUCAAUAUAUUUGAGGAAUCUGGUGAUAUGUCUGGAGAAUCUGGUGACAUGUCCGAGGAAUCUGGUGAUAUGUCUGGAGAAUCUGGCGACAUGUCUUAGGACUCUCCAGACACUGUCCUAUGACGACAAGUUGUCAUACAUUACAGACUAUUGCAGAAAUGAAUUACCUAAAUCAUAAUAAUACUGAUUUAUACCAGAUCAUCUAAUAAGACUGCCACAUCUUUAGCUAUAUGAUACAUUGUGUUGCCAGUGCAAACUUUUUAUGUAAUUGUGUAAUAUUGAUUUGACAUAUUACCAAGUCUCAUCUGUACAAAACAAACUGGAUCAGUAGUGUUGGGAAUAAUAACUAAUGCCAUAUUGGUUAAAUCAAAUAAAGCAUUCCAUAAAUCAUACAGUAUGUAGUACUGGUUUUUAUUGUCAAUAAACUCUUUUUGCAACCC